GCACACAGGGAGCAUAUGCGGCAAAUGAUGCGCAGUUUCUCUGAGCCCUUUGGUGCUCCUUUAAUGCCCAGUUUAACAGAUGGGAGAAGCCAUGGACGUGACACAGCAGAGCCCACCAGGUCGUCUGAUGCAUUGAGGGACAACCACAGGGGAAUGAGCCGGUCAUUGUUGCCCUUUGGCAGUUCUGAUGGCACGGACAUGAUGCUGAACCCAUUUAGCAUGUUCGACAACAUGAUGGCCAAGGUGAAUAACAGGAUGGAGGGAACACACCGGAACUUUGACAACACCUCCACAAAUUCAAACAGCCACUCGUUCAGCUCCUCAUCAGUGAUGACGUAUUCAAAAGUGGGAAAUGAGCCCCCGAAGGUCUUCCAGGCAUCUUCCUCGACAAUCCGUGGCCCUGGAGGGGUCAAGGAGACCCGCCAUGCUUUGAAGGACUCCGAGACCGGUCUGGAGAAGAUGAGAAUCGGACAUCACAUCCAGGACAGAGGACAUGUUGUUGAGAAGAAAUUCAACAAGAAAACGGGAGAGAAGGAGUUCAACCAGGACUUUCAGAAUAUGGAUGAAUCUGAAGCGCAGUCUUUUGAUGAAGAGUGGCAGCAGGAGGUGUCCAUGUUGCAGCCAUCAGGCCCCACGUCUCGCCUCAGGGAACCCCAGCCCCGUGCUGCCCACAGGGCAGCCAUCACCGCCCCCCCGCACGCCCACAGGUCAGUAUUCGGACUAAAUGCCACGCUGAGGACAGGCCAGCAUGUGCGCAUCAGGGCCGAGUGA